AAUUCAGUUUGUUAAUUCACAGUCUAAUUGAAUAGUUCAGAUUAGGGUUUAUCGCAGAUCAGAUUUAAGAAGAGGAAAAAAAAAUGGAGCUUGAUUUAACACCAAAGUUGGCGAAGAAGGUGUACGGUGGAGACGGCGGCGCGUACUACGCGUGGUGCCCGAAUGAGCUUCCCAUGCUCCGUGAAGGCAACAUCGGCGCCUCCAAACUCGUUCUCGAGAAGAAUGGCUUCGCUAUGCCACGUUACUCCGAUUCCGCCAAGGUUGCCUAUGUUCUUCAGGGCAGCGGUGUGGCCGGAAUAGUCCUUCCCGAGAAGGAAGAGAAGGUCCUAGCAAUCAAAAAAGGUGACUCAAUCGCCCUCCCGUUCGGAGUUACCACAUGGUACUACAACAAAGAAGACACCGAGCUAGCAAUCCUCUUCCUCGGAGACACCUCAAAGGCCCACAAGGCGGGCUCCUUCACCGACUUCUCCCUAACGGGCCCCACCGGAAUCUUCACCGGAUUCUCAACGGAGUUCGUCUCCAGAGCAUGGGACCUAGACGAGACCACCGUGAAGGCACUCGUGGGCAGCCAAACAGCAAACGGGAUUGUCAAACUAGCCCCCGGAUUCAAAAUGCCCGAGCCAAAGAAGGAACACUACAACGGCAUGGCCUUGAACUGCGAGGAGGCUCCGUUGGAUGUCGACAUCAAGGGCGGGGGCAAAGUCGUACUUUUGAACACCAAGAAUCUGCCAUUGGUCGGAGAAGUUGGGCUUGGUGCAGAUCUUGUGAGGCUCAAUGGUGGAGCUAUGUGCUCGCCUGGAAUGUCUUGUGACUCGGCUUUGCAGGUGACUUAUAUUGUGAGGGGGAGUGGCAGAGUGCAGGUUGUUGGAAUUGAUGGUAAACGCGUGCUCGAAACUACGGUUAAGGCAGGGAAUUUGUUCAUUGUUCCGAGGUUUUUCGUCGUGUCCAAGAUUUCAGAUGCUGAUGGCUUGGACUGGUUUUCGAUCAUCACCACUCCCAACCCAAUAUUCACACAUUUGGCUGGAAGGACGUCGGUUUGGAAGGCGCUGUCGCCGCAAGUGUUGCAGGCAUCUUUCAACGUACCGGAAGACGUGGAGAAGAAAUUCUCUUCCAUGAGAAAGGCUGAGGAAAUCUUCUUCCCACCACCAAAUUAGAAGAGUAGUUAAGUUAGUGUUUUUUUCUAAUUAGUUUUUAAUUACGCUUUUUUAGUGAUAAGAUUUCGUUUUCAUUUACGCUUUUAGUAGUAAUAAGGCGGUCCCGGAUUUUGGAGGGAGGAAUUAGUUUUUAAUUACGCUUUUAGUGAUAAGAUUGAGUUUUUCAAUGACUAUGGUUUUAUUAGGAUUUUCUGAUUUUGGAUUUUUAUGAUAUUUCGGUGUUCCCUAUUUUGUUUUUUUCAUGUAGCUCCAAAUUUCAAAUGGAUAACCAAAAAAAACUAGAGGCUGGUGCCUUUGUU